GGUACCUGAACCACUCAGUACGGAGUCACUUACUCUGGAUGUUUACAGAUACAAGGAUUCAUUGAAAGAAGACCUUCAGAAAGCAGAUCUUGUUAUUAGUCAUGCAGGUGCAGGAAGCUGUUUGGAGAGUCUGGAAAAAAGAAAGCGGCUCACAGUGGUUAUAAAUGAAAAGUUGAUGAACAAUCAUCAGCUGGAAUUGGCAAAGCAGCUACACAAAGAUGGGCAUCUCUUCUACUGUACCUGCGGCAUGCUUCCUGGGCUGUUACAGUCAAUGGACUUUUCAACACUGAAAUGUUUUCCUCCUGGCCAGCCAGAAAAAUUUUCUGCAUUUUAGGAUAAAGUUGUUAGAUUACAAAAAUAAACACUAAACUCUC